AUGCCAAUUAAAUCGAAGUUGCAUAUUACUGGAAAGCGUUUAGCCGAAAAAGAGGAUGAACAAGAUGAUGAAAAUGACAAUGCCGGAACGGAACAUGGCAGUCAAACUGAGGCGUCGGAUGUGUGGAUGGACGAUGAAGCUUCAGAUGGAAAAGCGGACGAUUUGAACGAAGAGGGAGCUGAUGACGAAGAUGAUGAAGUAGAAUUCGAGGAAGAUGACGAAUAUGAUGACGAAACAGCAGAUUCUGAAGAGACAACUGAUGAUGCGUCAGAAGUAGUUAGUAGCCGAAGUUUCCAUUAG